CAAUGACAGCUUGGAAAUCCAGUCCGUUCGCUCACCGACCCGUCUGCGAAGGAACAGAAAGAAUACUAAAACCAACCUCUCAUCGAAAGCACUGAACGUCUCGCACCAAGUCUCAACAUGAAAGCAAUAAGCCCAGUAAGAUCUUUCCGGAAAAACAGCGCGAAUCUGUCUGAACAUAGUCUGGGAAUCUCUCGGAGCAAGACUCCGGUGGAUGAUCCAUUAAGCCUGCUUUACAACAUGAACGACUGCUACUCCAAGCUGAAGGAGCUGGUGCCCAGCAUCCCUCAAAACAAAAACGUGAGCAAGAUGGAAAUCCUGCAGCAUGUCAUCGACUAUAUUCUGGACCUGCAGAUCGCACUUGACUCCAAUGUCGCAAUAACGAGCCUCCAUCACCCGCGACCGGGGCAAGCGACAUCCAGGACUCCCCUAACAACUCUCAAUACAGAUAUCAGCAUCUUGUCAUUACAGUCUCCGGAGUUCCCAUCAGAGCUGAUAACAGAUGACAGCAGGAAUCUUCAUCGUUAAAGCGGGUAGGUGUUUGGUUAAGACACACAACACAGGACCUGGGAACCGGACUUUUUCCCCCUAAAUUUUUGUCCUCGGGUUCUGGAUUUUCUUCAAUUGAAUCAAGAGACUUUGCUUAUAAAGGACAAUCUAUGUGAUGUGUUUUCAGUUCGGACACUCAUAUUAUUUAAGACUUGUUUUGGUCCUUUCUUGAAAUGGAAGGCGCGCUAUACUCCCUACACGGGGAGAAAAACAAAUAAGAGAUUGUCACAAGGAUUUCCUCUUAUCGCCCAUGAAGUCUUCGCUUUUUCUCCGGAAUUGGAGAGUGAAUAGAAGGCAACUUGGUUAGUUACUGUAUAUAGUUUAGUCUGUCUUGUCAGAAUUGUUACUCUUCUUCGCACAUGGACUGGACGUUGUAAAAAAAAAAAAAAAUCACACAAAAAAAAACGAACGUGCGAAACCUUGUGCACUCAGUUUUAUCUUGUAUAGUUGCAGGAAUUGCACAUUUCUGCAAAAGUGUAAUGCUGUACUUAAUUAUGCUGAAACUUUUUAUAAAAGUAAUAAUGUAAAUUGUAACGUUUUUAUACAAAAAAAAAUAAUAAACAAAUCAAAUGCAUUUUUGAGCAUGUCUCCCAGCUGUAUGGAAACUUGUAGCCUAUAGACAGAAAUUCUUGAGAUUGGAAUUACAAAAGGUAACGUGACACAAUGUUUUGGCUGAAAAUGGUUCUGCAAUGCUAGGUUGUCACGAUCAUCUACAAUCCCAAAAUGAGUUUCAAUUCCCAGCCCAUAGCGGUGGUAAUGAAGUCAUUGUAGUGGGAAUGUCAAUCUUUCAUGACAGUUGUGUCAACUGAAUGAUUAAAUGUAAGGAAUGG